CAUUGUGAAGAAAAGCUGCAACUCGUCGUUGGACUGCACAGCCCAGCUGCUCCGGCAGUCCCAACAGCUGGAUGAGAGCUGGAAACAUCUGCAGCGCCUGUUCCGGAGUGCGUAAAAUGAAGCGGCAGCUGAACGGCUUUGUGACGCCUGUCCUGGAUGAAACAUCCCAGGAAUGAAGCAGAGCGAUCUAUGUGCAUCGCAGGCUCAUGGGACAUGAUAGGAACCAGUUGUGUUCGUUUCAAAUUAUCUGGAACAGUUUAAGUCGAGCAGGAACAGCCAAGGCCAUCAGUCAGGAAUGAAUCAGAUGAAGUUUUCCUCUGAGGAGCUGCGUUCUCUCCCACCGAGACCACCGGGGUUACCUGCAGCCUCAGCUAAGAGGCGGUUUGUCAAGUUGGGGAGGAAGACAAGUGAUGGCUCUCAGCAAUCAGCUCCAUCCACUUGCAGUUCAUCCACUAGCAGGUCAGUAGAGGGUGCAGCCAUCAGACAGCCCAGCAAGAGCCGCAUCCGUCGCCAAACCAACCGCCUCUCAGGUGUCUUCCUCCGCGGCCCCACCUCCACCUCAGGCUCCAUGGCGCUGACAGCAGGCAUCAGGUCCUCCCUGUCCAGGAAGGAAAGCAUGAUCUCUGCAGAUGCUUUAAGAGUGGACGACCCAUCUGAGCUCUCCAAUCAGAUAACAGCUCCAGGAAUCCUGAAGAUCUUUGGAAAUGAAAUAUGUGAGGGAGCUCACUAUAAGAGCGUCCUGGCCACCACACACUCUAGUGCUAAAGAGCUCGUCAAAGAGGCCCUUGAACGGUAUGGCCUGGGCAAGGAGGAAGCAGAGUCCUAUGUUCUGUGCGACACCAUCGGCUCCACUGGAGAACAUCGGUGGAGGACGGAAGGGUUCCGAGUGGUGAGCGACAAUGAGAAGCCCCUCCUCCUGCAGUCACUAUGGAAACCUAGAGAAGGCCUGGCGAGACGGUUCGAAAUCCAGAGGAGAAGCUCAGUAGAGGAGAAGAUAUCCAAAGACAAAGACACCAUCACUGCUGGAAUCAAUGCCCAGGCUCGAAAGCUGCAGAAGAGCCGCUCCAGAGUGACCUCCACCCUCUUAGAGAGGACCAUGGGGCGAGGCCACAAACUGUGGAGGAGCAAAAGUGAGAUGGACCUGUUAGAUUCAGACACAGAGACCAACCAGGACACAGAUCGUGAUACAUGUCACAAGGAACGAAGCGAGAGUCUGAAUCAAACUCCAGUGCAGAGUUACGAGUGCCUGAAAACAAGCCCCAGACAGAAUCACAUUCAUAGCCUCGUGGUUCCCACCGAGGGGGACAGCGGGUCGCAGGCCAAAACAGAGACCCUCUGUCCGUCAAGGCCAAGAGGCGAGCGCGAAGGAGAGGAGUCAGAGAGGGAGGAGACGGAGAGCAGCGACGAUAACACCACACAGUACUCCAUUCACCCUCCUCAUGACUGUCCAUACCUGCUGCUGCUGCAAGGCUGCAGCCUCACACAGGACUUUGUCAUCUACCUACUUGCUGCGCCAAACAUUGCCUUUGGUCGGCAAACUGCUCAUGAAGACGGGUCAAAGCCUGACAUCAUUCUCUUUGCCACUGACAUACUUCAGAGACACUGCUUUUUCCACCGCCAUGGCGUUGGCAGCCCCACCAUGCUCAGUCCUUGUCAAAACGCCAUGGUGACGAGGAAUGGCGAGGUGCUGAGAAAAGAAGUGCAGCUAAAUCCUGGUGAUGUCAUCGGGUUGGGACAGCACUACCUGUUUCUUUUCAAGGAUCCCUUUGCUUUGACACACAAGGAAGUGAAUGAUGCUGCUCCUGAAACCGGUGUGACUGCUGUCCCCUGGAUGCUGGGUCACACCACUUCUGCCACUACAAGCCAUACAAGAGAAAUGAUCCUCUGCAACACCUGCAUCAUAGCUUGCACUGACUUCGAGAGCUCAAGCAACAAACAGUCCUCAAACAGAGGUCUUCCCUUUUUAAAAUCACCCGAAGGCCACAGCCUGACUCUGGAGUAUGACAGCGACGACGAGGAUCGCAUUGUCAGGGAGAUAAUUGCUAUGGGAAGGACCGGCGUCAAAGACAGACCGCCACUGACUGUUGCAUUUUUGCUGUGUCUGUGUGUGCGGUAUUCAGCCACAUGUCUUCAUACCUCACACCUGCGCAGGCUGCUUUUGCUUAUUGCAAGUGGAGUUCAGAGUGCCAUGUGGGAGCACACCCAGGACUUAGCUGCAGUUCAACCUGAAGUUCUCAAUGGUGAAGGCUCAAACCCAGAAGACCUCCAAGUUCUCAGCCAUCAUGGGGUGAUCUCAGGACUUCGCCCCCUGGUGGUGUGGAUGUCCAACAGUCUGGAGCUGCUGCAGUUCAUCCAGUACCAGCUGCCUCUUAUUCUCGAGUGGAGAACCCGAAAAGAGCAGGGACAGGAUGAUGAAGAAGGAAGGGAAGAUGACGAGAACAAGGAGGUGGAGAACUUGGCCCUGUUGGAGCUACGUCUGUCUUGCCUCCGUUCAGCCACUGAGGAGACAAUGGCUGUCCUGGAGGAGGUCAUCAUGCUCGCCUUCCAGCAGUGUGUGUACUACAUCACCAAGGUUCUCUACCCCGUCCUGCCGGGCCUUCUGGACUGCAACCCGUUCAGUGAGAGUCCUGGCCUGCAGGUGACUGGUGGGAGUGCUCGGGUCCUGGGUAGCAGUGGACUGCAGGUCCCUGGCGAGAUCCAGCAUCUUGUGGAUGUUCUGACGGAGAGCUGGAGACUGCUGUGUGACUGUCAGCUCCACCCAGAGAUUUCCUCACAGCUCAUUGGCUACCUCUUCUACUUCAUCAAUGCAUCACUCUUCAACUCACUCAUGGAGAGAGGCUCUGAGCCAGGUUUCUACCAGUGGUCCAGAGGUGUAUGCAUGCGGGCCAACCUUGACUUAAUCCUGGACUGGGCCCACGCAGCUGGACUGGGAGAACUGGCCUUGGAACACACACACACUCUCUCGUCGGCUAUCAAUCUGCUGGCUACACCUGGAAAGAAUUUACAGCAGACAUCUUGGGUGUCCUUGCGGUCUGACUACCCUGCCUUGAGUCCGGCCCAGCUGAACCACCUGCUGAGUCUUUACAGCCCAGCCUCUCCCUGCAAACACACCUGGACUCCAUCUGUUCAUGACCAGGCUGCAGCACACCAAACUGCUGAUAUCCUGGAGAGUUUUGACACCCACCAUCCUCUGGUGCUGCCUGAUGGGGGUUACCAGUUCCAACUGAGUGGCCAGGUGACAGAUUCAGCCCUGAGGGAACAGCUGGACAAGCUCAAAGAGUUCAUGUCCACCCUUUCUGACUCACAGUCAGAUGAGGUCACAGCUACUGAGGAGCAAAAGGGUGGUACCCUUCCCAUGGAGGCUAAACAACUGAAGACAGAUAUUCUUUUAAAAGCCAGUCUGGAAACCUUGCAUACAUCGCCAGUUGAGAUCGUCCUAUCUCAGGCAACUGUUCAUGACCACCAGUCCCCUUCUGCUACCCCUGGUGCCUUACCUCCAUCACCCCCAUCACCUCCCUCUCCUUCCUCCACUGAAUACCUGGAUGAGUUCAGCUCCUGUGGUGCCCUCCUUCUGUCCCAGAAGCUCAGAAAUCUGGAGCUGCAGAGCAGAGAGAGCAGUGAGAUAAGGAGGUCGGCUCUGGACCCCUCCUGUCUCCUCACCCCGCCCAAUACCCCCCACAUCAUGGAUCCUGUUGAUCUGGUGAAGGCGUAUCAGGAUAAAUGGAUGAAGGGUGACAGUGAGACACUCUCCUGGUCCUCUGGUGUAGAUGCACAAACUGAAGGUGGACUGGUGUUUGAAUGUCUGGCUGCACUGAAAGUAGACCGUUUGAAGUCCGAUUACCAAAGUAUGAAAAGAUUUGUUGAACUGAAAGAGGAAGAGGAGGAGGCAGAAGAGGCGGGGGAGCAUUACGAUGGCAAUCAUGAUGAGGUUUUUAGCUUGGAGCUGGAGCGAGGAGAAAGAGGACUUGGUCUUGCUCUAGUUGACACAAGGGACACUUCCUUGAGCGUGAAAGGCAUCUUUAUCCGUGCAGUGGUCCCAGACUCUCCUGCAGCUCGGUGUAAGAAGCUGGUACCAGGAGACAGGAUCCUGGCUGUUAAUGGGGUCAGUCUCCUUGAACUGGACUACCAGAGUGGGAAGGAUCUGAUCCAGUCAUCGGGUGACAAACCAAGGUUACUGGUGGCCAGAUCUGAAUGGAUGGCUAAGGCUAUACAGACUGAAUGCUGAUGGCUUCUUUUAACCAAUACUGUUAAUGCACCAUGAGCGCACAAGAGCUUGUUCAACAUUCAAGUUCCAGACAUGGACCUUAAUGGAAGGAUAUGGGUGUUGUGAAGACAGAAAUGCACUAUAAAAUGAGCUGUGUCCCGGCUGAGCUGAGUACCAGGUUCGAGCUGCUCAAUGUAUUUUUGCAGCUUUUACAUUGUAAUAGCAUGACAGUAAUUAAUGAUGUGUAUAUUUUAGGCUUUGUUCCAGUGAAUACAGCAUUUUGAUUCCAAACUGAGAAGGGUUUGCCUUGAAUAUUCUAAACUUGUUUGGUACUGUAUGGUUGGAUUAAAACAUCACUGCAGCCAUUUGCUUUCUGGAAACACUAAAACACUAGUCCACACCUAAUUUCAAGCAGUAUAUUUAAACUUUAAAGCCAUUGGCUGAAGAAUACUUCCAUACAGUCACCCUAAACGCCACCACUAGAAGAGCUGCAGAGGUAAGAGAGCACUUAUGAUAUUCUGGAAGCUUCAGUGAGGAAACGUUAGAAGUCUAACCCCAUGUAGUUAGUCUGAUAUAGCAGUCUGCUGUUGAAAUUACAUUGCUGCAGCACUACCAUUUGUCAUUUGUCUUUUAAAAAAAAUAACCAGCACCAACUGUGGUGUAAUGUAAUUGCAAUUCUUGAAUCAAUUUUUUUUAUUCAUGCUCUUGAUUUGAUGUGAUAGUUGUUACAUGUUGUUGAUAAGUGCCAGUCUGAAUGAU